CCUGUUUAUUUUGUGAAGAAGACAUUAAGGGGAAGUGAAGAGUGAUGCGUGCUGUAGAUUUUGAGCGAUGCUCACAAGUGAUCAAAUUAAGUGUUGUGUUGGUGUACGCUAAUUGAGAAGAUGAUUUUGCUGGUUUCAUACUUUGCAGAGUGCCACAAAGACAGCAUGACCUAUCACAAUGCCUUAAAACACAGCUCGUUAUAACACAGUAUAGCACUGCACAUCACAGAGUGGAACAAUAAAAUUAAUGAAAUGCAAUGAAGAAAACAACACAGUGUAAAUGUAUAUGAGCACCUCAUGGUCACGUUACCCUUGACCAAGUCAUACAGAAAAUUCAUAUAUCAGACAAGCAUACACGCACAGAGAGUUGACCACAGGGCUGGAUGUGCGAGAGGUUGCGGCAGGAGAAAAGAAGAGAUGCGGAGACUCCGGAGAAAAGGAGGGAACAAUGAGAAGGUGUUUGGCUGUGACCUGUUGGACCACUUGUCCACUUCCUGUCAGGAGAGUAAGUCCCAAGUUUCCUCAGUCAGUUGACUAGAAUACGUUAAAUAUUAGCAUAAAUAUUGUCGUCUUGUAUCCCUCUCAGUUCCCCAGGUGCUGCGAAGUUGCAGUGAAUUCAUUGAGGAGCAUGGGGUGGUAGAUGGGAUCUAUAGGCUAUCUGGGGUGUCAUCCAACACACAGAAACUAAGGUAAGUGUGGUGUGUGAGUUUGUGUGCGUGUGUUUGCCUGUGUACAGCAGUGAAAUGUUAUGUGUUUGUCUCCAAACAGGGGUGAGUUUGACAGUGAGGGGACCCCAGAUCUCAAUAAGGAUGUGUACCUGCAGGACAUUCACUGUGUCAGCUCUGUCUGCAAGGCCUACUUCAGAGAGUUACCCAAUCCCCUCCUCACAUACCAGCUCUAUGACAAAUAUGCUGUGAGUACCUGUCUUGAAAGUAAUUCAGAUACGAGUAUAGACACCAGGGUUGCAUUCAGUAAGAACAAAAAGGAGAAAGCGUUUUUAAAUGGAUAAGUCUUGUUUUAUUAAGUUCAGGUAGAAAACAUUUACUCCCAUGUCAUACCAACUGAAUGGGACCCAGCAUAAAGAUGGCAUAUGCCUUUUUGUAUCAACCUCACACACCUCUUCACCCAUCAGGAAGCUGUGGCGAUACAGUUGGAGGAGGAGAGGCUGGUUAAGAUUAAGGAUGUGCUGAAAGAGUUACCCGCUCCCCAUUACAAGUAAAGCUCUACUAUUUAACCAUCUCUCUCACUAUAGAUAGAGAAAGUAUAAAUGAUUCCUGUAUGUUUUCAUAUAUCACAUGGCCUGCAACCGUCUGUUAAUAACUAGAGGUAAAUUCUGUGUUGCUUCAUACCAUAUCUCUUGAACUUACUAGUAUAUCUCAGGCUGUGCACUGCUUUUCUGGCCAUGUGUAGUUUUUCUCCAACAGUUUCAAAUGUUUUUAAACGAACUGUUUUUAAACUAACUAACUAUUCCACUUCCAUCUCUUUCUGCCCCUUCUCUCUCCCCCUGGUUUCUCAGAACUCUAGAGUUCCUGAUGCGUCACCUUGUCAAGAUGGCUUCUCAUUCCUCACACACCAAUAUGCAUUCCCGGAACCUCGCCAUUGUUUGGGCACCAAACCUUCUCAGGUGUGUGUGUAAAUAGAGUACCAGUCAAAAGUUUGGACACACCUACUCAUUCAAGGGUUUGUCUUUAUUUUUACAAUUUUCUACAUUGUAGAAUAAUAGUGAAGACAUCAAACCUAUGAAAUGACACAUAUGGAAUCAUGUAGUAACCAAAAAAGUGUUAAACAAAUCAAAAUAUAUUUUAUAUUUGAGAUUCUUCAAAUAGCCACCCUUUGCCUUGAUGACAGCUUUGCACACUCUUGGCAUUCUCUCAACCAGCUACACCUGGAAUGCUUUUCCAACAGUCUUGAAGGAGUUCCCACAUAUGCUGAGCACUUGUUGGCUGCUUUUCCUUCACUCUGCCGUCCGACUCAUCCCAAACCAUCUCAAUUGGGUUGAGGUCGGGGGAUUGUGGAGGCUAGGUCAUCUGAUGCAGUAUUCCAUCACUCCUCCUUCUUGGUAAAAUAGCCCUUACACAGCCUGGAGGUGUGUUGGGUCAUUGUCCUGUUGAAAAAUAAAUGAUAGUCCCACCAAGCCUAAACCAGAUGGGAUGGCGUAUCACUGCAGAAUGCUGUGGAGCCAUGCUGGUUAAGUGUGCCUUGAAUUCUAAAUAAAUCACAGACCGUGUCACCAGAAAAGCACCCCCACACCAUAACACCUCUUCCUCCAUGCUUUACAGUGGGAACUACACAUGCUGAGAUCAUCCGUUCACCCACACCGCGUCUCACAAAGACACGGCGGUUGGAACCAAAAAUCUCCAAUUUGGACUCCAGACCAAAGGACACAUUUCCACCAGUCGAAUGUCCAUUGCUCGUGUUUCUUGGCCCAAGCAGGUCUCUUCUUCUUAUUGGUGUCCUUUAGUAGUGGUUUCUUUGCAGCAAUUCGACCAUGAAGGCCUGAUUCACACAGUCCCCUCUGAACAGUUGAUGUUGAGAUGUGUCUGUGACUUGAACUAUGUGAAGCAUUUAUUUGGGCUGCAAUUUCUGAGGCUGGUAACUCUAAUUAACUUAUCCUCUGCAGCAGAGGUAACUCUGGGUCUUCCAUUCCUGUGGCGGUCCUCAUGAGAGCCAGUUUCAUCAUAGCGCUUGAUGGUUUUUGCGACUGCACUUAAAGAAACGUUCAAAGUUCUUGAAAUGUUCCGCAUUGACUGACCUUCAUGUCUUAAAGUAAUGAUGGACUGUCGUUUCUCUUUGCUUAUUUGAGCUGUUCUUGCCCAUAAUAUGGACUUGGUCUUUUACCAAAUAGAGCUAUCCCCCCCCCCCCCCACCUUGUCACAACACAACUGAUUGGCUCAAACGCAUUAAGAAGGAAAUAAAUUCCACAAAUUAACUUAAGAAGGCACACUUAAGAAGGCACACCUGUUAAUUCCAGGUGACUACCUCAUGAAGCUGGUUGAGAGAAUGCCAAGAGUGUGCAAAGCUGUCAUCAAGGCAAAGGGUGACUAUUUGAAGAAUCUCAAAUAUAAAAUAUAUUUAGAUUUGUUUAACACUUUUUUGUUUACUACAUGAUUCCAUGUGUUAUUUCAUAGUUUUGAGGUCUUCACUAUUAUUCUACAAUGUAAAAAUAAAGAAAAACCCUUGAAUGUGUGUCCAAACUAUUGACUGGUAGUGUACAUGAGAGAGAAAGACGUGAAGAUAUAGUUAAAACAGUGUGUUUGCAUUGUUCAACGUUGUUUAAUCCUCUGAGGUUGUUUGCAGGUCAAAGGACAUUGAGGCUUCAGGGUUUAACGGUACAGCAGCCUUUAUGGAGGUGAGGGUCCAGUCUAUCGUGGUGGAAUUCAUCCUCACCCACGUGCCCCAGCUGUUUCCUGAUUCAGGUAUAUAUAUAUAUAUAUAUAUAUCUCUCUCUCUCUCUCUCUCUCUGCCAUAGAGAAUAUAUACUCACAAGCUCUCAUAUCUCCUCCCUUUCUUCUUCACCUCCUUAUUAAAGGCAUUGCGGAGCGUCGGAAGUCGCUCCCAUCUCCCUCUAUACACAAUCCAGAGGAACCUUUCUUCCGGGCCAUUCCAUUCCACGUAGGCAACAUCAGCCCAGGGGACGGUCCCCCUGCCAUGCGCUCCUACCACGCCAUCAUAGACGGGACAGACAAGUAAGCAAAUUAACCAAAGAACCAAAACAUGGCCAGUUUAUGCCAAUUUAUCAUCAAGAUGAUGAUGAAUGAUGAUAAGUAGCAGUACAGUGUUUGAGGUUGGAAGACGUUUAGUGGUCGUAAUGGUAAUAGAUAGGUUAGUAUUAGGAUGUAUAGUUUUUCCUACAUGGCCAGGUCAAGUGGUGCAGAAAAAUCCAGGCCAGAGUAACAUAAGUAACGUUCUCUACUUCAGGAGGAAGGGAUCUCUCAAGGGCAGGAAGUGGAAGUCCAUCUUCAAUUUAGGAGGCAGACUCCAUGACCCGAGACGGAGGAACAAGAACUCAGCCAAAGGUAUGCACCCACUCCCAUAAGAAUUAGUGCCACACUGAUGUUAUUAUCUUUUCAUUCAAGGCAUGGCUUUGCAAUGGUAAUAAUGAUUCAUUUGAGUUUAACAAUCAUCCUUCCAUCUGUAGAUAAAGAGAAAACUAUCUUGAGGCCAGCGAAGAGCAUGGAUUCCCUGAGCUCUGUGCCCUAUCCGCAUGAAGGUGCAUCUCCUUCCUUGUUUACCCAGUCUUUAUCUUAUUGUAUAGAUGUUGGUGAAUAUGUUUGUAUAGUAAUUAAAUGAAUGAGGCUAAGGAAUCCUUUAUUUUCUGUGUUCAAUUAUGACAGUUUUGUGUAGACUAAUGUGAAUGUUUACAAUACCUCUCAGGUUCCAGACAACGAGCCCCUUCCACUGUGAUGUCCCCCCUGGCUCAGCCAUCUCCCUCUACCCAGGGGGGUGCGGAGGGAGCGGCAUCCAGUAGUGGUGGUGGUGUGGGCAGCGGGUAUGCUGUUACCUACCGGAGGGGUCAGGGGGCUAGUGUGAGUGUAGUGAGCGGGGGCGGGGGAACACAGGGCAUAUACAGUCGACUAGACAGUCACUGUGGUGGGGGCAACAGCACUGAGGCGCUGCAACCCCCAUCCAGAUCCCCAGGACUCUCCAGCAAAGCCGACCGGCGGGCAGGGAUCCACAUCUCCGGACCUUUCUCGGUCACAGUGCCCCUUCACAUCACAUCAGGCCUGGCCUUUGGGGUGCUGCAGGGGGGUGGAGCGGAAAGGGGCAACCAUAGAGGAGGACAGGAGAGUGGAGAUAAAGGAGAGGGAAGGGAGGGUGAGAGACAGAAGGGAAGGGAGGGUGAGAGACAGGAGGGAGGUGAAGGGGAAAGGUACAUCCAAGUAGAAGUUAUGGGGGAGGACAAGACUGACCUAGGCAAGAGAAGAGAUGAAGAGGUAACGGGGGAGAGGAGAGGUGAGGCAGAGGAAGAUCAAGUUGAAGGAAAAGGAGGAAGAGGAGAAGAGGAAGUGAAUGGUGACUGUGUAUCUAAGCCAUCAGAGGAGAGGAUUGUAGAGAGUGAGGGUGAGGGUGGAGAGGAGGAUGCAGAGAACCAUGACAACGAUGAGGAAGAGGGAGAAUACAUGGGUAUGUCUAAUCAUUAAUGUGUUUAAAUAAGCAUAAUUUGUGUAAUAAGGGAAGUACAAUAGUCAUGGUAGUAGGUUUAUAGAUACCGGUUGGAGUGAAAUCGCUUGGAUAGGACAUUUGUGUCAAUCUGUAACAUCUGCCUUUACUCCUCAGAUAUGAAAGGCUCUGUGCAGACUGCCCUGGAUGCCCCAGAUAUGUCAGGUGUCAGAAAUGAUGCAGUUGCUAUCGAUGUGCCAUUCCCUCUGAUGGAGGAGGACAAUGCACAAGACCAGGACUGUCCACUGGACUUUCAGGAUACUUUUGGAUUCCUGGACCUCAUGGACAGCAGUGUCUCCAGCCAGGUGUGUGUGUGUGCGCACACGUGCGUGUCCAUUUGUGUGUGAGUGUGUUUAAUAAUUUAGUCAUGAUCCUAACCUCUCUUCUCCAUCCUCUCUCCUCCCAGAUGUUCCAAGAGUUCUCAGUGGAGCCUCAUCAUGGGGAUGAUGAGUAUGAGGACGAGGUGGAGCAGAGAUCCCCUGGACUCUCACAUGACAGACCAGACCCUGUCACACAACCACCUGUAGACACACAGACACAAAUACAAACAGGCCGGCAAACACAAAAGCCCAUACACAGACCUCUAAGCAUCGAUCAGUAUGGGCGGGCCAACAAGUCAAUGAGUCUGCCUUACAUGUCCCGGCCCUUCCUGCCUGCUCUGUCUUCGUCCUCUGAAGAAGAAGAGGAUGAAGAAGAUGAUGAUUACGACAAAGAAGAUGAGGAGGAGGAUGAUGAGGAUGAUGAUGACAUGUUUUGUAAAAGUCUACCAUCUAGUUUGGUGUUCAACAGACUGACAUGGAGUGGACCUCAGACUGACUUGGAGAACAGUUUGUCCCUACCUCCUAUGCCCUCACAACAACUGGACAGUGCCUCUGAUGAUGGACCAAUUCCAAGUUCUGAGGCCAGAAUGACCCCUGAGCACUUGGACAUUGAUUCCCCUGACUGCUGUGACCCAUCAGUGGAGGUUUUGAGGCAUAGCAAGGCUGAAGAAGAGAAUAGACUGGAAGCAAUGAAACUGGUUGAGGAGGAGGAUAUGGAACAGGAUCGAGACAGCCAGGAGAAAGACCAGGCAGACACCCUGACGAAUACAUGCACAAAAAGGUAAGCAGAGGUGGGUUAUUUAUAAAGUGAAUCAAAGUGAAGAACAGCAGAUCAGGAUAAAUGUACUUGAUAAAUGUUACUUGUCAUCAUAGAUUGCCUUCACUUUGCAGCACUGACAUAGAAGAAAGUUGUCACUUGGUUGAAACCAGCAUCAUGGAGGAAGAGGAAACUCCAGAUGACAUUGAGAGGAGCCUCGCUUCAGCAUCUGCAUCAACUGACUGCGAGGAGGCCUCACUGCAGACCACUGCAGAGGGAAAGGACACUAGAGUUCACCUGAAGCUCAAAGACGAGGAAGAGGUCCUGAAGAGUCACUGUGCUGAAGAAGGUGUGAUUUCAGAGGGUUAUAAUGGUGAUACAGUGAGCGAAGCUGAGGCAGAAAAUCCAAAAGAGCAUUUACUCACAGCCUGUCAUAUUGUUUCCUGUGCUAAAGAGCCAGAGAACAUAGUCAAUGAGCAAUCAGAGGAAGUUUCUAGAGAUUCCGCUGGGGAUGUAAAGGAGCAUCCUGAAAAAGGUGCUAAGAGGGAGAGAGAGGAAGAGAAGGAAGAUGGAGAGGAGAAGGUAGAGGAAGAGAUGGAGGAAAGAGAAGAUAGAAAUGGGGGAGAAUGGGACAAACAAGAGGGAGAAGAAACAACACCUGAGAGCGAGGGAGAUAUGGGCAAAGGAGAGGAGAGAGAGGUAUUAAAGGAGAUGGAAAAAACAGAGGAAAAGGAUGUGGGGGUGAGGGUGGAAGUGGAGGAGAAGGAACAAGGAGGAAUGAUUGAAGAAGAGGAGGAAAGAAUAGCAGGUGAUGAAAGGGAAGUAGGAGAAGAGGACACAAAGCAGGAAGAGGUCAUUUCUGAAGAGAUGAUGAGCAUAGUAGCGAGGGAUGACAUGAUGGAAAGUGGAGAGAGGAAGGAUAGGGAAGGAGAGACUGAGGGAAGGACAUUUAUGGAGGAAGUGAUAGAAACCAAAGAAGAUGGAGAGAUGAUUGGAGUACAACAGAAAGAGAUCAUGAAAGAGAUAGAUAAGGAAGGAGAGAGUAAGGCAAAUGAAGAGAUGAGUGCAAAAGAAGAGGCGAAGAAGAGAGCGCAUGAAGGAGUGGAUACCAUGGGAGAGAAAGAGGCAGCUGAAGAGGGGGUGGAAAAGAUGUCGAUUGAUAAUGAGAAGCGGAAACAGGACCUAGAGGCACAGCAUGUUUUAGAGAGAAGAGAAAGAGAUAUGGAUCUAAUAAAGGAUGUUGUUGGAGAGGGAUAUGAGGAGGGAGAUAAAGAGAUGGAAGUGGGAGAGGUAAUCAGGGAGGAAGAAGGAGAUAGUAUACAUGUGGUCCAACAGGAGACGGAUAAGGAAGAGAAGAAGAAGAAAGGUGAGACAAAAGAGAAACUACAGACACCAACGAUAGUAGAGGAAAGAGAGGAAGAACUGAAAGAGGUCCAGAUAAACAGCCCAAAAAAAUAUGAGGGAGAGAAGGAAGCGAUAGAUAGUAAAGUGGGGUCUAAAAAAGGGGUGGGGAGAGUGCUGGUCGCGUCCAAACAACAAACAACUCCUAAAGUGUAUCAAGCAAGAUCAGUGCCAGUGGUACCACCCAAGCCACAUCACUGCCGAAUAACUGCACUGAACCUCAGACAACAGCAGCACCAGAGGGAGAGGAGAGAGACAGACGGAGACAGUGGAAAGGGAAAGGUACACAGGACUAUGGGACAGCAAGAUAAGGACAAGGAGAGAAAGAUGGAAGGAAAGCCAGAGCAUGACAAAGUCAGCGAGACAGAACGAGGGUGGAAUGAGGAUGGGGAAGAUGAGGGCAGAGGCAAAAGGGAGGCA